UUUCAGAUUUUGGCGGUGCUGCCCUACAUUUGUUUGCAAGGCGGCGGCCAUAUAAAAAAUCCUUUUUCCUUCAAUUUGCCGAGAGACUUUCGCCUCUCUCUCUCUCUCUCUCUCUCUAAAUUCGUGGUUAGAGAGAGACCAUUUCCCGUCGUAGCCUGCGCCACACCAUGAUCAGCAUUCUCUCUCAGGAGCGUCUCCUCGGAGCCACGCUUGGAGCUUUUCUUGCUACUGCCAUUGUUUACAAGGAGCGGAGAAAUGUUUACGCCUCCAUUUCAGAUUCUCACUCUAAAAUCAUUACUAAGUCAUCAGAGCCCAUGUUUGGUAAGAAGUUUCGCUCAGAUCUCGCGCAUUUGUGGAAUAGAGGCGUGGACAAGACACUUGGUCCGGUAAUCGUUUCUCUCAGCUCAAAGGGAUGGUAGUUUUCAUUUCUCUGAUUUAAAACCAUGUUCAAUCUCUCCCAUCUUUAUCAGAAACUUGAAAAUUGUCUUGUAAAAUAAUAAAUCAAAUCUGAUCCUAUUCUGGGUCUUCUUGUGUGGAUCUUUGUUCAUGCAUUAAUUUCUUUUGGGCUUGAAUCCCCAGUUUAUCUUGAAGA